UACUAAACUUUUGUGUGUGGAGGGCGCCAUCUUACCGGAAAGUGGCUGCUGGUUCCAUUGUAUUAUGUCUAGUGCCGCAGACUCGGAGCCACACAACGCCACAGAACAAACCCUUAGCCCACCGGCGAAAAAGCGCAAGACUAACACUGUGAGCCACCCUAAUUCAACUUCAGACAAAAGUGCUGUAAGUGGUGACAUGGCCCACAAUGGUUCUUCAGCGCAGCAUGACGGAAAUGAUAUUGAUGAAUCUCUCUAUUCCAGGCAGCUCUAUGUGCUGGGGCAUGAUGCCAUGCGGCGCAUGGCCUCCGCAGAUGUCCUGAUAUCAGGCAUGGGUGGUCUGGGGGUGGAGAUAGCAAAAAACAUCAUCUUGGGAGGAGUAAAGUCGGUCACAGUUCAUGAUGAUAGUUUGUGUGAAUUAAACGAUCUCUCUUCUCAGUUUUACUUCAAAAAAGCUGAUGUUGGAAAAAAUAGAGCAGAAACUUGUCUACAGCAGCUGCAAGAAUUAAAUACAUACGUGAAAGUCAAUGCCUACACGGGAAAACUCACUGAAGAUUUUCUAAAGAAUUUCAGGGUUGUUGUUUUAACAGACACACCACUCGAAGAACAGCUUAGGAUUGGAGAUUAUACUCAUUCAGAAAAUAUUGGUCUUAUUGUAGCUGACACCAGAGGUCUCUUUGGCCAGAUUUUUUGUGAUUUUGGGGAGAAUUUUUCUGUUGUUGAUGUGACGGGAGAAAAUCCUAUAUCUGUUAUGAUUGCCUCCGUCAGUAAGGAUAAAGAAGGUCUGGUUACAUGUUUAGAAGAAUCCAGGCAUGGUUUUGAGGAUGGAGAUUAUGUGAAGUUUUCAGAAAUACAAGGAAUGGUGGAAUUGAACAACUCUGAACCCAAGAAGAUCAAGGUUUUGGGACCAUAUACGUUUAGUAUAGGGGAUACAUCCAAUCUUAGUGAUUAUAUACGAGGAGGUGUUGCAACACAAGUCAAAAUGCCCAAAUCCAUUAACUUUAAAUCCCUGAGGGACUCCAUGGGAUCACCUGAAUUCCUCAUAUCUGACUUUGCUAAAUUUGACAGACCAGGACAGCUUCAUAUAGGGUUUGAAGCCCUUCAUUACUUCAAGAAAAGACAUAAUCGUUUCCCUAUGUCAUGGAAUAAGGCAUGCAGUGGGAAAUUUCACCCGAUUUAUCAGUGGUUUUAUUUUGAUGCCCUUGAAUGUUUACCCGAAGAUCAGACUGUUUCAGAGGAAUCGGCAAAGCCUGCAUCUAUAUCCAUUAUUAUUGUCACUUUACUUUAUGAAGGAGAGAAAAUUUCUUACUGGCAUCUACAUUGUCUAAAGCAUUGGCCACUCCGUUCAAGGACUCAAAAAAGUCAUCAUCAUACACUUUCUCUGUAUCUGGACCAACUCGGUUUUGAUGUGGAGUCACAUGAAUGUCAGGAUUCAUCUUCUUUACAACCUCAGAAGCAACUUCAGACUUUAGCUUCUGCUCAUGAAAAAUUAGCAAUAUAUCAAACAAGAAUAUACAUGGAUAGAAGGUGUGUAUUCUAUCGCAAGCCUCUGCUUGAGUCUGGAACUCUUGGAACCAAAGGGAAUGUUCAAGUUGUAAUCCCUCACUUAACAGAGUCCUACUCUUCAUCUCAAGAUCCUCCAGAGAAGUCAAUACCCAUAUGUACUCUCAAAAACUUCCCUAAUGCUAUUGAGCAUACACUGCAGUGGGCCAGAGAUGAAUUUGAAGGACUCUUCAAGCAGUCAGCAGAAAAUGCAAAACAGUAUCUUGAGGAUCCCAAGUUCAUGGAUCGAACAUUGAAGCUUCCAGGAAAUCAGCCACUGGAAGUUUUGGAAUCAGUGAAGAAACUUCUUGUAGACGAUAGACCUUUAACCUUCCAAGAUUGUGUAGCUUGGGCACGAAAUCAUUGGCAGGAACAGUACAACAACCAGAUACGCCAGUUGCUCUUUAACUUUCCUCCAGAUCAGGUGACAACUUCGGGUGCCCCUUUCUGGUCUGGGCCCAAACGUUGUCCUCAUCCUUUGACAUUUUCUGUAAAAACCGACCUUCAUGUAGACUAUGUAUUAGCAUCAAGCAACAUACGAGCAUACAUGUACGGACUUGCACCAUGUCUAGACAGAGAGGCCAUAAUCAGUAUGAUUGAACAAGUAGAAGUCCCUGAAUUUAUUCCAAGGUCAGGAGUCAAAAUUGCUAUCACUGACACUGAGGCUCAGUCCAACAGUGGCAUAGCUGAUAUGGACAGAAUCUCGGAGAUUCAGUCACUGCUACCAGCAACUGACCAGAUGGAACCCAUUUCUAUCAAACCAGUUGAAUUUGAAAAAGAUGACGACACCAACUUUCACAUGGACUUCAUUGUGGCAGCAUCUAACCUUCGAGCAGAAAAUUAUGACAUUCCUCCUGCCGAUCGCCAUAAGAGCAAACUGAUAGCUGGAAAAAUCAUCCCAGCCAUAGCAACAACCACAUCAUUGGUUACAGGUCUUGUAUGCUUAGAGUUAUGUAAGAUUGUCCAGGGACACAAGAAACUUGACUUCUACAAAAAUGGCUUUGUAAAUUUAGCUCUUCCAUUCUUUGGUUUCUCUGAGCCUAUUUCUGCUCCCAAAAACAAGUACUAUGAAACAGAAUUUACCUUGUGGGAUCGAUUUGAAAUCGAAGGAGAGAUGACUCUUAGGGAAUUCCUUAAUUAUUUUCAGGAGAAGUACAACCUGGAGAUAACUAUGCUUUCCCAGGGUGUGUGUAUGCUUUACUCUUUCUUCAUGUCAAAUGCUAAAAAAGAAGAACGUAUGGAUUUAAAGAUGUCCGAAGUGGUCAAGAAGGUCUCGAAGAAGAAAAUCGAAUCAUAUGUGCGAUCCUUAGUGUUUGAACUUUGUUGUAAUGAUGCUGAUGGAGAAGACGUAGAGGUUCCUUAUGUAAGAUAUACACUUCCAAAGUAAUGGCAGCAUGGCUUAGGGUAAGAUUGAAUGAAUAUUCAAGU